AUGUUCACUGCUCGAGAACCCCUGAGCUUCAUCAGUGCACUGGAAUAUCUGGUGGUUGCCACUAGAAAGCUCACCCUGCUGGCGAUACAGCGCAAAGAGGAGCUCGAGCAGAGGCGGCAGUUCGAGGCGGAGCAGAAGAAGCGCGAGCACCACGCGCUGCUGCUCCUCCGCCGGGCUUUGCAGAAGCUGCGCCUGGCCAAGCCAGAUACGCUCCGAGAACUCACAGCGGAGGUGGACGAGCUCCUCCUCCAGGAGGCCAUGCUCCUCCCACGGAGCAUGCGCUUGGAGGCCGACAAGGUCAAGCACGAGGCAAAGCUCCGCGUCGCAAAGAUCAGCCAGUUCAACCAGCGAGUUGACGCCAAGAAGAGGGUUGCCGAAGAGAGUCGACGGCAGUACGAAGAGGCGUCGAAGAAGCUCAUUGAGCAGCUCGAGCAGCUCGUUGAGGUGGUCGAGACCGUUGUUGACAACAUGGAUGACAAGCUGAAGAGCCUCGAAGGCCCCGAAGCGUUCAGCGACGAGGACCUGGAGAACUUCUCCGAGUCCAUGACGCAGAUGGACGAGGCGGGCGCCUGA